AUGUAUACCAGUCUCUACACAUGCUUAAUCUUAUCUUGGAGUUUACUAGUUAAGUGCGAUCCAAUUAUCCCUCUCUGGUCUCAAAACUGUAAGGUUCAUGCCGAUGCGAACCACGCAGAAAUCAAAAACGCAUUACGGGAUCAGGAGAAAUUCAACGUCAACAGCUGGUCAGAUUGGGGUUUAGCCGCUUUACUGACCGUAACGGCGUUCUUCUUAAUAGGCGGUAGUGUCUACUGCUACUGCCGGUUAAAACCUAUUUUGAAGAUAGCAAGAUCCAUCAGAAAAACAAAACAACAAGUACCAGUACACAUCCCACCACAGCAAGGUUACUACCCCCCAUAUGUAGCUCAACAUACAACAGUCGGAAGUGGCUCGCCUUGUCGAAGUGGAAUCUGUGGUCUACCAGAAGAAUUACAAAGAAAGCCAGUUAAAGCAGAAGAUCAAAUCAAAGAAGUUGAAAAAUAUUUCAAGGAAAAAACAAAUGCAACUGAAAAAUUGAGAGCAUUAGAAAAAGCGUACAAUGAGUUGCGAAGAUCAUCUAUAUUCGUUAACCCUGUAAUAGCUCCUGUGAACUCACAAAUAUGUCGCAAUAUGUCACCAUAUGGUCGAUGCUCCAGCAAUAGUGCUUGUGGAUGCUUUCCAAUGGCAGGCGCGAGUAAUGUUGGUGUCUGUGCUUUUAUGUGGACGUUUUGUGCUGAACUUGAACCAUGUGGUGCUUCGCUAAACUGUCCAGAUCGGUCCCAUGUAUGCGUUCAUCACAGUCGAUGCCGCGAUGGUCCGAUCUGUUAUCCAGUGUCCAUGAUUGACCGAAGUCUCUGUCCUUCCAUGCAAUCAAUGAUGAAUACUACAAAGACAACAACUUCAAUCACUACACCUAUCACAGGUAUAGAUCCUAUGACCACGAUGAACACAUAUGAUACCACUGCCCGGAAUACGUACACAACGUCUGCCACGAUUGUAGAUCUCUCGACCAGUGUGGGUAGACGCGAUACAACUGCCGGAAAUGUAUACACAACAGGUAGCACGAAUGUGAACUCUAUGACUAGCAUGGGCAGACAUGAUACAACUGCCGGGAAUGUACACACAACAGGUAGCAUGAACAUAAACACGAUGACUAGCAUAGGUCGACAUGAUACAACUGCAGGAAAUAUUUACACUACAUCGUCCACUCCUAUACACCCAGUCACUAGUAUGGGUAGACUUGACACAACUGCCGGGAAUGUAUACACAACAGGUAGCACGAAUGUGAACACUAUGACAAGCAUGGGCGGACAUGAUACCACUGCCGGAAGUAUUUACACUGCAUCGUCCACUACUAUACACCCAGUCACUAGUAUGGGUAGACAUGACACAACUGCCGGGAAAGUAUACACAACAGGUAGCACGAAUGUGAACUCUAUGACUAGCAUGGGCAGACGUGAUACAACUGCCGGGAAUGUACACACAACAAGUAGCAUGAAUGUGAACACUAUGACUAGCAUGGGUAGACAUAAUACAACUGCCGGAAAUAUUUACACUACAUCGUCCACUACUAUACACCCAGUCACUAGUAUGGGUAGACAUGACACAACUGCCGGGAAUGUACACACAACAGGUAGCAUGAAUGUGAACACUAUGACUAGCAUGGGUAGACAUAAUACAACUGCCGGAAAUAUUUACACUACAUCGUCCACUACUAUACAUCCGGCCACUAGCAUGGGUAGACGUGACACAACUGCCGGAAAUAUGUACACUAGAGAUGUUACAAAUACGGACAGCAAGGCUACGAUGAACAUGGGCGAUAUAACUAUGGUUUCACCAUUCGCUUACCGUCAUCCAGAGCUUGAGCGAUAUAUUGCCGAGCACAAGCAUGAACAGUUCAUGACGUUACCAUUCAAUAACUUAACUGAUCAAGAUAUGGAAAUUGUUGCAAACCAAGCGAUGCGAAAUAACAAGGUACUCAUGGCGCUGAGCAUAAAUUCGAAUCAAAUCGGUGAUAAAGGUGCACAAUACCUAGCUGAGGCUCUACAAAACAAUCCUACAGUCAAAACAUUAUCCUUACAUAUGAAUAAAAUUGGAGACUAUGGUGCCCAGUAUCUUGCUGAUGCUUUACAAAAUAAUACAAUGCUCGAAAGACUAUACCUUUCAUCGAAUAAUAUUGGAAACAUUGGCGCACAAUAUUUAUCGAAUGCAUUAAAAAUCAACACAAGACUCAGCGGACUUUAUCUCUCCAGUAAUAAAAUUUUAGAACAAGGCGCGCAAUCCUUUGCUGAUGCUUUGCGGUAUAAUAGAAAGCUGACAACAUUAGAUCUUGCACAAAAUAAAAUUGGAGCUCUCGGAACUCAAUAUCUCGCCGACGCAAUCCAACAGAACAAUGUACUCAGAAUUCUUAACUUAGCAGGUAAUCAAAUCGGAAAUGAUGGGGUAGAAUACCUUGUCGAUAUUCUACAAAAUGGCACAACGUUAAAUGUAUUGGACAUCUCUUUGAAUGAAAUUGGGGAUCUAGGAGCACAAUAUCUUGCUCGUGCCCUAGAAAAUAACGUGGAACUUCAAAAAUUACAUAUUGGCUAUAAUAAAAUCGGACCCAAUGGUGCCGAAUACCUUGCUCAUGGUUUGCAAAAUAAUACGAUUCUAAGGUCAUUAGGUCUCGAAAAUAAUUACAUUACAUCACUUGGAGCAAAGUAUUUCGCUGACACUAUACGACAAAACACGAUGCUCAAUAUGCUUGUAUUGUCAAGUAAUAACAUCGGUGCAGAGGGCGCACAACAUCUUGCUGAUGCACUACAAAAUAAUACAAUAAUGCAAACACUAUUACUCUCAUCGAACAAUAUUGGGGACAGCGGUGCACAAUAUUUCGCUGAUGCUUUAAAAAUAAACGCAGGGCUCACUCAGCUGUAUCUUUCCAAUAAUGGAAUCACAGAUAAAGGUGCACAACAUCUUACUGAUGCUUUGCAGCACAACAAAGUAAUUCGCUUGUUGGAUCUGAUGUAUAACCAAAACAUUUCAUCACGAGUUAAACAACAAUUGAAAGAAAAGGAUCAGCGGCUUUCUUUUAAUUGA